AUGGCCGGACCACCUCUACCUCCACCUAUUCUAAUGUGCUUGGUUGGUGUUGCAGUCUUAACCUGCGCACUAACUCUCUGUGUAGCCCUAGAUGUCACCGCUCAAGACUCAAUCAUCCACCAAGUCACAGAUCAUGACAGCUCUCGAAAAUUCUCGAGUGGUAGUAACCUCCUAGGAACCGAGAAAGAGUUCAAGAUUUUCAUGGAGAAAUAUGGGAAGAAGUAUCCAACUAGAAAGGAGUACAUGCACCGCCUCGAUGUUUUUGCCAAGAACAUGAUCAGAGCCGCCGAGCACCAAGCUCUGGAUCCGACGGCGGUCCACGGCGUCACACCGUUCUCGGAUCUGUCCGAGGAGGAGUUCGAGGGGAUGUACACUGGCGUAAGAGGUGGGGCCGGCUUAAACGACUGCGGUGGCGGUGCAGAUAGUACGGUUGAGAAUAUGGAUGUUAGUGGGUUGCCUGAGAGUUUUGAUUGGAGAGAGAAGGGAGCUGUUACUGAGGUCAAGAUGCAGGGUGGUUGUGGUGCGUGCUGGGCCUUUAGCACAACAGGAGCUACUGAAGGAGCCAAUUUCAUUGCCACAGGGAAGCUUGUUAGUCUCAGUGAACAGCAGCUUGUGGACUGCGAUCAUGUGUGCGAUGCAAAAGAGAAAGAUGCGUGCGACCGUGGUUGUGGUGGCGGACUUAUGACAAAUGCCUACAAGUAUCUAAUUGAAGCAGGAGGGUUGCAGGAUGAGGCUUCAUACCCUUAUACGGGGAAGAAGGGUGAAUGCAAAUUCAAUCCUGAAAAGGUAGCUGUGAGAGUGGCCAAUUUCACCAAUAUUCCACUUGAUGAGAACCAAAUUGCAGCGAACUUGGUCCACCAUGGUCCUCUUGCCAUUGGGUUGAAUGCUAUGUUCAUGCAAACCUACAUUGGUGGUGUAUCAUGCCCUCUUGUUUGUUUCAAGAGAUGGGUGAACCACGGUGUUUUACUUGUUGGAUACGGUGACAAGGGCUUCUCGAUCCUCAGGCUGAGCAACAAACCGUACUGGAUCAUCAAGAAUUCAUGGAGCUCAAAAUGGGGCGAACAUGGUUAUUACCGGCUUUGCCGAGGCCAUGGCAUGUGUGGGAUGAAUACUAUGGUCUCUGCGGUUGUGACCAGUUCUAGAGCAUCCUAG